CAUUUAUUUUCUCUAUUAAAAAGAACCAACCAAGAAGGAGCAAAUACAACCCAACUAUAGAUGAGAGAGAGAGUAUUAUUACACACAACAAUCAUCAUAUAUAUAGAGAGAGAAAUCAUAAAACAAGAAGAAAAAUAAUCACCAAAAAUAACCCAACAAAAGAAUUGAGAGAAUAAUUCAAUGGAAGUUGUAAGCUUGAAGAUGGAGGAUAAUACAGAGCUGAAUCUCGGGCUCGGGCUCGGGCUCGGGCUUGGACUCGGGCUUACUAGAGGAGGUACUGACAAGAUCACUGGAAAUAAAAGGGGAUUUUCUGAAACUGUUGAUUUGAAGUUGAAUUUGAACAAUAAUACCAAAAAUAGUACUACUAUAAAUAGUAAUAAUGGUUCUGAUGCUGCAAAAGAACAGACUGCUACUUCAUCUCCUUUGGAUCUGAUCAACAAUGAUAAUAAUAAAGCUGCUGUUUCUGUUUCUGCUAAAGAAAUUUCUUCUAAUGUUAAUGUUGAUUCUGUUAAGCCUCCUGCCAAGGCACAAGUUGUGGGUUGGCCACCAGUGCGAUCAUACAGAAAGAACAUGCUGGCAGUUCAAAAGACCACCGGUGGCCUCGAUUCCGAGACCGAGAAGCCAAUGAGUGGCGGCCUGGUGAAGGUGAGCAUGGAUGGUGCACCUUACCUACGUAAGGUGGACUUGAAAAUGUACAAGAGUUACCAAGACCUUUCUGAUGCUUUGGGCAAGAUGUUCAGCUCUUUUACCCUUGGUAAAUAUGGAGCUCAAGGAAUGAUUGAUUUCAUGAAUGAGAGCAAGCUAAUGGAUAUCCUUAAUGAUUCUGACUAUGUUCCUACAUACGAAGACAAGGAUGGAGAUUGGAUGCUUGUUGGUGAUGUCCCAUGGGAGAUGUUUGUGGAGUCAUGCAAACGACUUCGUAUAAUGAAAGGAAAGGAGGCUGCUGGACUUGCUCCAAGAGCCAUGGAAAAGUGCAAGAACAGGAGCUAAGCUAGAAAAAUGGUACAGCAGCCUGCUCCUUUGAUCUUAAGGACACCAUCAAAAUUAAAACAAGUUCAAAGACCCAAAAAAAGAGAGUGCCUAACAGAUGAAUUGAGCAGGGUGAAUUUGUAAUUUCCCUGUGUUUAAUUAUCUCUUCCUUUUUAAUCUUUUUGCAUUUCUUGUACUAUGAUUUGAUAUAGAUUUAUCAUGUUAUUACUAUUAAAGUCUGUGAGUUGUAUGGUUCUGAAAUUUAUAAUUAGACAUAGAGAAACAGUAACUAAGUUAAGACUA